GACCAGCAUCUGCACUCUUUAGUCAUUUUUACUCAGUUCAGCAAAAUAAAAUUUAUCCGCAACAAAUGCUACCUGACCUUUUGAAAAAAUACAAUUUAUAACUUAAACAUCAAGUGCAAGAAAUGCCAUUUUUGAAUAAUCACAAUUGUAUUUUUAUUUUAGGUUUUAAAAUAAAGAACUUUUACAAAGAGAAUUUCAAUACAUUUUCUUGUAUGGGAUGUAAAUAUUGGCAGAAAAACUUUCCAACCUAAUGACAAAAAAGUUUAUCUAAAAGAUAUGCUACGGACACUUUUAGUGUCAUUCUGUUGUGGAAAUUCCAUGUAUUUCCAUGAAAAUCAGAAAAAUUAUCUAAAACUUCCUUUUUUUUUUAUUUUAAUCUUUAGAGAGAGGCAUUGUUUUACCUGAUAAUUUUGUUUAUAGUAACAACUAUAAACUCUGAUCAGUGAUGCUUGAAAACCUUUAACAUUGGCUACAUGGCUUUUAUUUUUAUCCAACUCAAAAUCAAUUAAGGAACAAAAAUAAUCCAAUUUUGUUUUAAGUUUUCUACAAUCUAAUAUCAUGCUUUAUAUUUUUCCCAUUUUAUGAAUACCCUACAUAUCUUAUCCUAAUUGAAUAUGUUUAAAGCAAAUAAAAUCUAAUAAAGGAUUUUAAACUCCCUAUAACAUGAUCAUUGCUGCUCUUUUUGUCCAGAUGAGACUGCCUUUCCAUAUCAGUGCCUCACAGGUAACCCUCCUCUUCCUCAACCUCCUCUGCCCAAUCCCACACACAGUUUCCACGCAUCUCCCAUCUUCUGCUGCUUUCUAUCCCAGUCAAGAGCUGGAGUCCAGCCUGUAUGACCUCAGAGCUCCACUGCAGGACACCAAAAUCCCUAAAAUGUGGUCUGACUGGCUUCAAGACUCUCUGCAAAUUCUUCUAGAGCCUGAGGAAGUGGGUGGUGUCUGGGAAGAAGAGCAGCUGCUGAGAAACCAGAGAGAAGACGUUAUGGAUCUGCCACUCUCCCCAUUCGCUGCUGAUAACUCUCUAGAGGCCAUGAACUAUCAGGACGGAGGAGAAGGUGAAGAAGGCUGGAAAAGAAACGACGCUCUUACAUCCAUGGCCGGAGGGCUUCAAGCUGUCAGCCGAGAGAAAGGAGGAUUUGGUUUCCGCUUUGGGAGGAAGAGACGACUAGAAAAGAGGAGGAGGGAUGGAGGGGUAAUUGAAGGAGCUGGAAAACAGAGGAGGACAAGAGAAAGGAGAAAGAGAGGUUUCAUAACUGAAGUGUGGGGUUAAACAGGAUUCCUUUUUUUAUCUUUACUUUAUUGUCAACAGAAAGCAACCAGUAGUAUCUAAUGCAUUUUAAACAGAGAAGAUGCAGAAAGCUGCUCUGUGCUUCACUGCCUAUAAUUGUAAGAAACGAGGCAAUAACGAAGAUUUUUGUUUAAUAAACAUUACAUAAUUUA